GUCUCGUUAGGCUCUUGUUGGUCUUUGACUUUGGCUUAGUCAUCGGGCAGCAGCUCUUUCUUGGACUUGAUGCCAGCCUCUUACGAUACAAGCCGCGUUUUGAGACAGCUCGACAAAAUAAUUUUAUGUUUAUUAACACGCCGACGAUACAUAUCCAUAAUUCCUUCAGCUCGUCAGCUGUAAAUUUCUCCUUAUUCAUGAAUUUCACUCCUCCAAUCGCAUUGGCGACUCUUCCGUCAUAAUCCAGCUUGAACUGGCGUCGCGGGUCGCGGGACUCGCGUUGGCGCACGAGCGAUGGAGUCCUUCCAGCAACAGCUCGAGCCAGACGAGUCGGAAAAACGAAAACCGAAGGAACACAAAAGAUCUCGGAUCGAAGUACGUCUUCGGUCCAAGCCAAGAGAUUAUGUCCCUGGAAGCGGUCCUCCACUACAACCUAUUAGCUUGCUACCACCCCAAGACUCGACCGCGUACAUUUUGGAGCGAAUUAUCCUGCCCUCACCGGGUGUUGCUGCAGAUGGACUCCCUCUACCGAGACGGAUGACAUAUAUAGUGUCAUGGACGGAUUUACCAGCUGCACGGAUGUUGGUUCCUGCAAUGGAUAUUCUGGAAUACGUGUCGCCGAGGGAACUGGAAGAAUGGGAAUUCAGGAAUACAGAAGAACAGCUUGAGGAAGAGACGACUGAGAAAAAGAAGACAGAAGCUGGACAGGUGACACAGUCAAAGAGGCGUGGUAGACCACCCAAGCACAGUACGAUAGAAACGGCUGUUGUUGCGGUGGUAGAAGAUGAAGAGGCUGUUCCGAUGAAGGGUGCUAUGACGAUCAAGACCCCUACGAAGAACAGAUUGAAGGACUUUGAGGGGUUGUCAGAUGAAGAGGGACCCGGGAGACAGUCGCAGUGGGAGAUGACUGGUGAUUCGAUUGAGACGGAUGAUCAGGGGUUGGAUGAGCAUGGUGAGAUUGCUGAGGACUCUAAGAGUGCUUUCAAUGGGACAAAGAUGGGUGUACUGCAUGAUGCAAGCGUCGAGUCUCGUGUCCCGAAAAAAAGUCAUACCAAAGGCAAACAUUUCGAGUCAUUCCCAUCAACAGGAACCUCGAGUCGACAAAGCACGCCCCAGAUCACGAGCAAUCGCUCAAAAUAUGAAGGCAAGAAGAAGCUUGGCCAUACUUCAAAGAAGACUUCAGCUUUGAAUGGCUUGUUAAGUGGUGUUCAAGCCACAGGCUCAGUCUCAGACUGGACUCUCCAAGAGUCACUCACAUACUCUAAUUCAGGAGUUGAGACACCUGAUGCGGAGUCAGAAACCCAAACAGCACGACUCAUCGAAGAAGCAGUCUCAGUUCAAAAGAAACCACCAAAGUCAAAGUCAAAGCCAAAGUCCAAAGCUAGCAUCCCCAAGUCUCCAGAGCCAACUCCUCAGAAAGACCCCGUGGAAGAUCCAGAAGAGGCAGAGGAACCAGGCUGGGAGGUCAAACGCCUCGAAGACAUGGAACUCUACGAUGUCGAAGGCAAAGGUCUAGUACGCUACUUCUUGGUCCGCUGGGAAGGUGACUGGCCACCUGACCAAAACCCCUCCUGGGAACCAGAAUUCAACCUCCCUAAAGAUCUCAUCAGAGCGUACCUCCGCAGCGGCAAGCGAAAACGCUCAGACAAACCGUCUACAAAGCAAGCUUCUAAACCACCCUCCGCUGCACCAUCCUACGCACCGAAGAAAAAGUCUAUGAAACAGACUACUUUAUCAUGGGGCAUUCCUGCGAAGCAGUUCAAGAGCGUCAGUGAGGCCUUCGCAGGCGGUGAAGAAGAUGAACUCGGAAUGCCCGUCGCUGAAGAUCCGCGUAAGGAGGAGGAUGAUGACGAUGAGCUUUUCAUCGUGGAGGAACCGCCUGCGAAGAAGAAUCGGGCAAAGAACUGGGGUGCGAAUGGAUGGGGAGCAGAUGAUUACAGAUGAAAAAGAAGCAGUCAAGGUUGGCUAUGGAGUUGGAGAUGGCUUUCGUGAAGAUUGCAUGGGUGCAUUUUAUCAUUACAGGCGAAGGCGUAAUUACUUUCUCAGAAGAGACGUUCACGGCGCACAUAGCAUUAGAGAUACCCCAUUUGUGUCAAAUGACUUUUUACAUUGCGUUACCAAAAAGUACCUUAAACUACCG